AUGAUCCUGCAGGACUCAGGAGCAAAGCUUCUGUCUGCUGGGCUGAAGAGUCCACACUGUAAACUGGAGAUACUGAGGCUGUCUGGCUGUCUGAUCGAAGAGGAGGGCAGUGUCUCUCUGGCUUCUGCUCUGAACUCCAACCCCUCCUGUCUGGUAGAGCUGGACUUGAGCUUCAACAAUCCAGGAGAAAAAGCAAAGAAGCAACUGAGAGAAAGGCAGGAGGAUCCUCACUGUGAACUGAAGCAUCUCAGGCUGGAGCCUUCAGGAGUUCAAUGGUUGACUGCAGGUCUGAAGAAGUAUUCCUGUCAACUCACCAUCGACACAAACACAGUGAGCAGAAAACUCAAACUGUCUGAAGACAACAGGAAGGUGAAACAUGUGGCGGAACGUCAGCCAUAUCCUGACCAUCGAGACAGAUUUGAUGGUCCUCACUUGCUGUGUACAACUGGUCUGACUGGUCGCUGUUACUGGGAGGUGGAGUGGGAAAAAAAUGUUCGAAUAGCCAUGAGUUACAGAGGAAUCAGAAGGAGUGGAGGUGGUGAUGAUUGUAUGUUUGGAUUUAAUAAUCAGUCCUGGAGUUUGAGCUGCUCUGAUUGUGAUGGUUACUCUGCUUGGCAUAAAAAGACAGGAACUCCUUCCUCUUUUUCCUCCUCUCCCUCAUUUUCACAAUUGUCCUCUUCUUCAUCCUCCUCAUCCUCCUCUUUUCCUUCCUCUUCUUCCUCUUCACCCUUGUCCUCCUCUUCUUCCUCCUCUAACAAAGUAGCAGUUUAUCUCGACCAUCCUGCUGGCAUUCUGUCUUUCUACAAAGUUUCCUCUGGCUCCCUGAUCCACCUCCACACUUUCAAUCACACAUUCACUGAAUCUCUCUAUGCAGGAUUUACAUGCUGGACUGAUUCCUCAGUAAGUUUGUGAAGCAAAUCAUUUUCUUUCUGCUUUCUGCUCUGAAUGCCUGAAAAACUCUAGAAACUGUUACAAACUUUUAUAUUUUAUAGCAAUGAUUCUUUAUAUAACAUCACUGUUUUUAUGUAAAACCAAUAUGAAGAAACUCAAAGUACAUUUCAUUGUAAUGUCAUUUCAUUUUCUUUUACUCCAUUUCCCAAAGAGCCAAUAGGAAAACAUGACUGAUACUUUCAGACACCUUGACGCUCAUUAGCUGAUUCUCUUCUUUGUGGACAAUACUAUAAGUAUAGAUUUUAUAUAGUAAUAAACCAGGUGUUGGUUUGUCUUGGAUAUGUUUCCUCUGUACCAUUAUAUCACAAAAAUCUAUUUUAUGAAGGAACCUUACUACCAAGCCGAUAUUCACUAAGAAUGUAUAAAUUAUUAUCAAUUAUUCUUAUCCUCAUAUUGUAGCUUAUUGUGAUGUGUAAUUAUUUAUUUGUUUAUUGUUUUAUACAUUUGUUUGUUAUGAAAAGCUUUGAUUAAAAAUGACUCCUGGUUAGCUUAGCGUCUGACCACAAACUUUCCAGAGACUUUACUCUGAUGCUUCUCUCCAAAUAUUGUUUUAAAGUGCAGAAAGGGUUUUAGAUACAGAUUUCCCAUCAUAAUAAGUAAUGUAAUGGGACAAAAUAUGGAAAAAUCUAAGGGGUAUGAAUACUUUUGCGAGCCAUUAUAGGUGUAGACACCGAUAUUUACUUUGAGCUUCAUUUCCAUUUAUUCCAUCAGAUUAUAUUGCAGCUGUUUGUUGUGUGGUAUUUCUUUCUUUUAUUUCUCUAGUAAUGCGUUUCCUUUCCAGAAGCUUUUUAUUAGAAAUUACUCCUAAAGAUUCCCUGUUGUGACCACAACCUUUUCCAAGAGUAUGCCUCUUUGUUUCCCUCCAAAUAUUAGAUUCAGUGCAGAAAAACAUAAAGAUUUUUCCUUUAUUACAAGAAAACUAUAAGAACAGUGAGGAAAUAGCUUAAACUAGGGCUGAUUCCAGUUUCUCUAUAUUUGCUGUAGUCAGUAACAUUUAUUACUGAUAAGUUAUCCACAUUAUAUUUAUUGAAGUUUCUCAUCUAAAGUACUGUUUCUGACCUAAACAUGGAGUUAUCUGUUGACUUGUCUUUCAGACUUAUGAUAUGACAUGUAAACUGUUACAUAGUUAUGAUCUGUUCUUAGAUUAAAAAUGAAGGCUUGUGCAUUGUACUAUCUGUGUGUUUCUUCUAAUAAAAUUGAUCUUGUAUUUCUCCAGCAGUGCUAAUGUGUGUUCAUUUCUUCCUCAUUAUUUCCUCUCAUCUGAUCAGAUCUACUUUAAUCCUCAAACUGCAUUCUGAGGCCCACAGUUAAAGGCUUCGAUGUGGACUC